GGCCCCUGGAGGCCCCUGAGCCUGGCGGCCCCUGAGCCUGACUUUCUCUGAGGCCGGGAGAGCAGAGGGCUUGGCUGUCACGUUAUCGUCGUAAUUAUCAGCAUCCCGCGAAUUGUGAGAGGGAACUGGUUCCAGAGCCCCUCGGCUCUGCCGUGCGCCAGAAUCACUGGAUGGCUUUUAAAUGCCCGGGCCUCCAUGCCAGACCAGUUAAAUUCGAAUUUCUAGAAGUGGGGCCCCGGCAUCGGUAUUUUUAUAAAAGCUCCCCAUUGUGAUUCUGAUGUGCCAGGUAACACCAUGUCAAGAUUCUUUUCCCAUAUAGGUUAUUACAGAGUAUUGCGUAGAGUUCCCUGUGCUAGACGUUUCGGCGCUCGUUUGGACCUUCACAAUCAGAGAUGGCAGCAGAGCCGGCAGCAGCGCAAGCUCUGGAGUCUUGGUCCUCUCAUCCGGUCUACGCACGAUACUGGCAACAUUACCAUCAGGCGAUGGCGUGGAUGUGCAGCCAUCAGAAUGCCUACCGGAAGGCCGUGACAUCGUGCAGCACCUCCCCGUGGUACUUUUCUGCCGUGGGCCCUCCCCAGAGCGCUUAUGCUAAGAAGGCCGGAAGGCCUCAGUCCUGCUACAAGCGCCCCCCAGCCUCCCGGGACUCCCACCGCCGUCAUUCACGCGCUGGCGGGCGUGGACCACAUCCACGCGGCAGAGAACAGCCAGCUUGGUCCGCAGAGGAGGAGAAGGAGAAAGAGAGCGAGUCCGACGAUGGCGGCAUAGAAUGCGACGUGAGCAACAUGGAGAUCACGGAGGAGCUACGCCAGUACUUCGCCCAGACCGAGAGGCACCAGGAGGAGCGCCGGCGACAGCAGCAGCUGGACGCGGCGCGCCUGCAGGACUACGUGAACGCGGAUCACGACCUGUACCGCGACAGGCGCCGCCGCUCCGCGCUGCCCCCGGCUGAGCGGCCCGGCGAGCGGCGCCGAGCCGAGAUGCGGCGCCUGUACGGGCCCAGCGCCGCCAAGAUCCAGGCCAUGGAGGCGGCCGUGCAGCUCAGCUUCGACAAGCACUGCGACCGCAAGCAGCCGAAGUACUGGCCAGUCAUCCCGCUCAAGUUCUGAGCCGCGCCCCUUCCUCUCGCGCUCCCCCUCUCCCCCGUCCCCCUGUCCCCCUCUCCCCCGUCCCCCUCUCCCCCCUCCCCCUCUCCCCCUGUCCCCCUGUCCCCCUCUCCCCCUCUCCCCCUGUCCCCCUCUCCCCCUCUCCCCCUCUCCCCCUGUCCCCCUCUCCCCCUCUCCCCCUGUCCCCCUCUCCCCCUCUCCCGUGGCUCUUCUCUGGAUAAGGCUGACUAAUGAGCACGUUCACCAAAGUCCCCUGGGGGCGGGGGUAAUGUCAGCCACCUGGAGGUGGGCAGGACUGUCCUGCUGCCAACAUGAGAGAUCUUCUCUUGAGAUAAAAUGAGAAUUUCAUAUACAUCCCACUGGUUUUUAAUGUCAGUAAGAGCGACCAGUUCAUUAAAGUUCUCGCUUGGA